AUGAUGCUUCACCUGAACGGUUUGCUUCCGUUCCACCUUGGAUCUAAGAGCCGGAGCCUGUUCCUCCUGCUGCAGAGUGAGCCCACCCAUAAGACUGCAUCCAGAGCAGCAGGUGUCUUCUCUCACUACAUGCUGCAGGCUUCACCGUCUUUGUCUCUGCUGCUUAAGCCAGUGGUCUCCAGAGAGCUGCUAUUGCCCUGCUCCGUGCCCCCCUGCACCCAGGAGCCCUGCCCCGAAGCAACCAGUACUGUGCAGGCCAGUCUGCAGCAGCUGGAUGAGGAGUCUGUGUUCAACCCUCUGCUCCUCAACAGUAACCUCUAUGUGCAGCUUCGGAGCCAUGGCCUGCUGUUCCAUGGCAGAUACACAUACAAGACCGCAGCAAAGACCCAGAGUCAGCCAGCAGAGGGCAGCAGGAGCUCAGGCAGCAGGCAGCCUAGACAGGUACCACAGGAAAAUAGUAAACAGUAG